CACCUCAAUUUCAUCAGUUGAGAUGAAUCGAACUUAUGAGAAUGCCCUCAAACUUCUUGAGACUCGCAGGCGGCCUGCCCGCCCAAGGACCCCUACAACCCCAGCCCCAAACCCAGAAAUAGUUAACCCCAAUGUCACCAAGACUGUGCGGGGCAUUCCGAGUCUGUACGGAAUGAGGGAGUGGCUGCAGACCCUCGGACACUCGGACGCCGAGGUCGCUCGUCUGAAUAUAGUCCACGUCACCGGAACGAAAGGCAAAGGCAGCACCUGCGCCUUCACCCGUUCCAUUCUCCAUGCGCAUGGAUUGAGAACCGGCUUUCCCAAGAGAGUUGGCCUCUACACAUCACCAGACCUGCAAUGCAUCCGGGAAAGGAUCCAGAUCGAUGACCGACCCGUCACCGAGGCUCUUUUCACCAAAUACUUUUUCGAAGUAUGGGAGAAGCUUAUGCCGGGGCCCUCGGGGCAAGGCCUCCAGAACUCUGCAGACACGAGGCAACCUCGAUACCUGCAGUUCCUUGCCCUCCUGGCUUUCCACACCUUUAUCCGCGAAAAUGUCGAAGCGGCCGUCUUCGAGACUCACCAUGGGGGCGAAUUCGAUGCCACCAAUGUGAUCCAGAACCCUGUUGUGACUGGGAUCACAUCGCUAGGGCUGGACCAUGUUGCGCAGCUUGGCCCUACGAUUGAGAAUAUCGCGUGGCAUAAAGCAGGAAUCUUCAAGCCCGGCGCCCCGGCAUUCUCUCUUCCGCAGGAGGCUGGCCCCGCCGAGAUCAUGCGCGCUCGUGCAGCCGAAAGGAAUACAACGUUGAACUUCGUUCCGCCGAAUCCCAAUCUACCCCAUAAUAGCAGGGUGUUGGGUGCUUCCGUACAACGGUUGAACUGCUCCUUGGCUGUUGAACUGGCUAAGGCUUUUGUCAAGGCUAAGAGGCCGGACCAUACGAUCGAGUCGGAGGACAUAUCCGCUGCCGUGAGAAAUUUCUCUUGGGUCGGAAGGUUCGAGAUUAUCGAGGACGGACCAUGCCAAUGGUUCUUAGAUGGCGCACACAACACGCUGAGCCUCAGGCAGGCGGCGGAGUGGUUCUUCGAUAAUACCAAGAGCUCUGGAGUGCAAAGGGGCCGAGUCUUGAUAUUCAGCCAUUUCUCAGAGAACCGAGACGGGCUGGAUCUGGUGGAAUACUUAGCACAGGCUCUUUCCGAACUGGAUGCAAUGCCAGACCAUGUCAUAUUCACCACCUACAACGAAAGAGAAGAUGGAUCCACAAGAAUUGACAAAACCCUCAAGGCCCCUGAAAAGCCGUUCCCAGAUCUCUGCUCUAUCUACUCUACAAGAUGGAAGGAAUUUGACUCUCAGGCCACGGUUUCAACUACUGAGACGAUCGAGGAGGCAAUCAAGGCUGCAAAAAGCAUCAGCGCCCAGCAUGGUGGAAUCCAUGUCUUGGUGACUGGGAGCUUGCACUUGGUUGGCGGCGCUCUUAAUAUUCUGCGCCCGUAGGUAUUUGCCAGUAAGCUUCGCUAGAGUUGGCAUCAUGGUUGGAGUAAUUGCGGUGGCAAAAGAAUGGAUCUCUGCUGACCUCGUGGUUCGGUCUUGAUGAGAUACGGGGAGCCCGCAUAAUCAGGAGU